AUGAAAAAAUCACAAGAAGCUUCAGAUCAUUCGGAAAAGCCAACGGCAGAAACUGGUUUGUGGAACUCUAGCCAGUGUACGGACAAUAGCAAUCCGAAUGAAGAUCCGGGAAUGGGCGACCUCUAUGGAACGACAUUAGAGAUUGAUUUGGACGAUCUGGAACCCCCGUUACCUCCAGAUGGAGGAUAUGGAUGGUUUAUUGUGCUCGGAAGCUUUGUUUGCAUGGUGCUUGUGGAUGGAGUGUGUUUCUCUUACGGAAUUUUCCUCAGCGAACUGGAGGCCACAUUUGGAGCAACCAAAAUGCAAAUGACUCUGGCAGGAUCGUUACUCACCGGACCGAUUGUGAGUGGAUUGAUGAAUCGUUUUGGAGCUCGAAUACUGGUCCUGAUCGGAUCGAUCAUCUCGUCUGUAUCCAUUGUGAUCAGCUCGUUUGCAAGGGAUGUGAAUAUGUUUAUCGUUGUGUUUGGUGUUAUCGGGGGAAUCGGAUACGGGCUGGUGUAUCUGCCGGCAGCAACGAUUGUCACUACUUGGUUUGUGAAGAAGCGAGCCACUGUGACCGGGAUAAUCAUGGCCGGAAGUGGAAUUGGCGUGACCGUUUAUUCACUCACUCUGCCUCAUUUGAUUUCUCUUUACACUUGGCGAGGGUGUAUUCUCAUUUUGUCUGCAAUCAAUUUGAAUUGUGCAGUAGCUGGUGCAUUGUUUCGGCCGUUGAACCAUUAUUUAUCCAAGAAACCGGUGGAGGAAGGUGAUAACGUUCGGUCGGAGAAUGGCGGGUACGAAUUAGGAGUUUCGAUUGAGAAUGCAGUCGGGCAUUGGACAAGUUCACAGCAUAUUUCUAAGGCUGCUAAGGGUGCCCAAAUUCAGGAACUGGCUCGUCAAUAUGUGGUGGCUGAACUUGGACAAUCUGCAAAGAAACUGGAUGGGAUCAAAUCGGCAACAGGCAAUUCAGAACUGGGGGAAAAAAUUGCGGAAGCAGUAAAACGAAAAUCAACUACUUCCUGGGAUGACCUUAUAAUCACGUAUGGAAAUCAGUUGGUUCCACUGCCGGAGGGUCAACCCUUAGGUGGUGGUCCUUCGACCGAUCGUCUGCCUAUGCUCAGUGUGGACGCCGUGAAUCGGAUUGUGGAAGAUGUGCUGGGCAAACAGACAUUCAUGUCUUCGACCAGUCUGGUUGUCCCCGAUCGGUCUAUUAUUCACCGAUCAUCGAAUAUGGGGAGCCAACGGAUGAUCCAGUCUACCGCAUCCCAGUUGGGUCAGGUUUCUGUUAGACCCACAGAUAAAGCGGUUGUGUAUUUGAAACCGGAUAACAUGGGUAGCACCUCGUAUUUUGCCUCGGCAAUCUCUCUGAGAGCCGGUUGUGAAGGUCCAAUUUUGACGGACGAAAAUGUGAAAGCAGCAAUUGUGAACGAGCUACGCAAGGAGAUUGCUCGCCCCGUGCACAAGAAAGAUUUGUUCCUCAGUGGAAGCCUUAUCCACAUUAAUGAAUACGUUGCUCAUCCAGAAGUUGAUCAAUAUAUUCGAUCGGUAACCUCACCGGCAGAUGAGAAACACACGCGAAAUCCGUUUUUGUCGAUGUUAAAAAACUUAUUCGGAAUCGAGAUUUUGCGCAGUCCUACUUUCGUCCUGUUAACAGUGUCUAGUAUCGUGACAAUGAUCGGUUAUAUUGUCCCUUAUCAGUUUCUCAAAGACAAUGCGCAAACGUACGGGUACGAUGAGGCCAAAUCUUCUUAUCUCCUAGCUUACUUGGGAAUUGCAAACACAAUUGGUCGUGUGCUAGCCGGUUGGUUGUCCGAUCGCCCGUGGGCUGAUGUGAUUCUUGUGAAUAAUAUCUCAUUAGUCCUGUCCGGGAUUGCAACUGCUUUGGUCCCGUUGAUGAACACCUAUCCGCUUCUUCUCGCAUACGCAUGUUUCUACGGGUUUGUGAUCGCCGCAUUUAUCGCGGUGAGAACAAUUCUGAUUGUCGAGGUCCUCGGGUUGGAUCGAUUGACAAAUGCGUUCGGAUUCCUUCUACUUUUUCAAGGCAUGGCUAUUGUGGCCGCACCACCCUUACUAGGCUCCCUCUAUGAUACUUUCCACAAUUUCGGAUUCACGUUUAUCCUUGGUGGAGCAGCCAUUUUCCUCUCCGGUGUUCUAUGCUUCCCAUUGUCUGCUGUCGCCCGUUGGGAACGACGACGUUCGUGCCAAGCGGAUCUGGAUCAGAGAACGGAAAUUUCCGAUCCUAACACCCAAACAGGAGGGAUAGCACGUCUCAUUCGCCUGGUCCGUGAUCAAGUUUCCCGCUUUUGUUUUAACCUGAGCAAGCCAAAUUGA